AUGGAUGCUAACGAGGCGACUCAGAACGCGGAUGGAGGAGCAAUGACUCGUGCCGCUGAUCAAGACAGUGACGUGAAUGUCAACUCUCAGGGAGCUAUUCCAGUGGAAGGCACAGAGACAAUUGCAGACGGAGACGGCACGGGAGAUCGAGCGGGAGAAGAGGUUAAGGAAACAGAUUGUCAAGCGAAGCAGCCGAAGGGAAGAGGAAGACCACGGAAGGUGGCGAAGGCUGCUCCUGCACGGGCUCGAUCGACUGCUGCACCUGAAGAGGUAGCAGCUGAAGCUGCUGACGAAGCUGCUUUUGCCGAGGAGGCAGCAGGCGGAGUUAACACGAAGGAAGUGGAGGAAGUGGAGGGGGUGGGAGACGUACAGGAGGUGGAGGAGGAUGUGGGAGACGAGAAGCAGAAAGAGGACGCAGCAGAAACUGGUUCUACCGCUGACGUGGAAGCUUCGGCUGCAGCAGCAGGCAAGCGCGGAGGUGCAAGAGGGCGCCGAGGCAAGAAGGCAGCAGUUUCCGAAGCUGUUGACGAGGCUAGAGAGACUGUGCCAGUUGUGGAGAGGCGAGCCACUCGAGCCUCGGCCAGAGCUGCUGCUGCUGCUGGCGGUGCUGGCGGUGCUGGUGGUGCGCCUGCUGCUGCGCAGCUGCCGCCUCUACCUCGCCGGGGACGGCCGAGGAAGGCUCAGAAGCAAACGGACGAGCCAGAACCCGCUGAAGCUCCCCUGCCCGUUAAUCCGGCUCCAGUGAAAGCUCCAGCAGAGAAGAGGGCGACGAGAGGCAGAAAGAGAGCAACUGGGAGUGAAGCAGGCAGCAGCAGCAGCAGUGGUUUGGACGCAGUUACAGUGCCUGCAGACGCACCUGAUCACGUGGGUGUUUCUCCCGAGAAGGAAGUCAAGGCGGUCGUUGUGGCCGUUAGCACUGGUGAUGCUUCUGAAUCUUCCUCCCCUGAACGAGUGGGUGGAGCGUCGGCUGCUGCUGUUUCUGAGGGUGGUGGUGAUGAUAAGACCGUUGGUUCAUCCGCUGACUUGGCACUGGAACCAGCUGGCCAAAUGGCCUCUGACGCAGAGGGUGAGAAGGAAGAGGAGGAAGUAAAGGAAGAAGAGGGAGUGAAGGAGGGGCAAGAAGGGAAGGAGGAGGAGGAGGAAAUGGAGGAAGAGGAGGAAUUGGAGGAAGGGAAGGGAGCGGACGACGGUAUGGAGGUUGCUGAUGACACGGAGGAAGAUGGCCUCGAGGUGACAGGAGCCAUUCUGCAUGCGGAGCCUGAGGACCUAAAGGAAGCAGCAGUGGGUGACGAUGAACCCGCGACUGUGCCGCAAGCAUCGGAUGUUGGUGUGGAGUUGUCAGCAGCCACUCUACCAGUGCCGCUCGGGGAAGUUGCGGCGGCGGCUGCGGUUGUUGGGGAGGGUGAAGUGGAGACUGUAAUGGAAGUGCAGGCGAACGAGGAUGCAGGAGUCGCAGCUUCUGCACCGGUGCAAGCACCUGAAGGGACGGAAGUCACGGAAGGCAUGGAAGCCGCAAAAUGCCAAGCGGGUGCUGCUUAUUGUGAGGGGAAGAGGACUGCGCGUGAUGAUGAGCUGGGAGUGCUGCCGACGGGAGAUUCUGGCGUGGUAACUAAGCCACGGAGGGACGCGAGUGCUGGAGUUCCAAGGGAGGGUGCUGUAGCUGGUUCACUGGAACAGGCUGCAGUGCCAGGGGAGGUUUUCGACGGGACAAAGGAAUCUGUAGCAGGAGUGGACGAGGAGGAGAGGACGGAGGAGAAGGCGGCGGAGGAAGGAGAGGAGAAGGAAGAAGAGGAAACCGAAGAGAAGGAGGAAGAGGAGGAGGGGAAGGAGGAGCGGAAGGAGGAAAUAGAGGAAGGGGAGGAUGAAGUAGAGGAAGGGGAGGAAGUGGAGGAGGGGGAGGAGGAAAUAGAGGAGGGUGAGGAAGUGGAGGAGGGGGAGGAGGAAAUAGAGGAGGGUGCGGAAGUGGAGGAGGGGGAGGAGGAAAUAGAGGAGGGUGAGGAAGUGGAGGAGGGGGAGGAGGAAAUAGAGGAGGGUGAGGAAGUGGAGGAGGGGGAGGAGGAAAUAGAGGAGGGUGAGGAAGUGGAGGAGGGGGAGGAGGAAAUAGAGGAGGGUGAGGAAGUGGAGGAGGGGGAGGAGGAAAUAGAGGAGGGUGAGGAAGUGGAGGAGGGGGAGGAGGAAAUAGAGGAGGGUGAGGAAGUGGAGGAGGCGGAUGCGUUGGGGAAGGAAGAGGAGGAAGUGGAAGCAAGGGAGGCUGUAAGCAUGGAGGUAGACAUGGGGAUUGACGGUAGUACGGCAGCAGAGGGUGUGAUGGAGGAGGAAGUGGUGUUGGGAAUAGCUGGAGGCGAGGAGGACAGUCCUGGAAGGACAGAGAUUGCUGAACCCGCUGCUGAUGCUGCUGUUCUGGAAACGCCUGAAGCUGACGCCAGCCUGUUGGAAUCUCCUGAGCCCCAGGAAGCUGCGAGAGACUCUGCUUCUCCACAGGCGGGCUUCUUGGUGGCCGAGGACAUUGAUGAGGAGACGAGGGAAGAUGGAGGAGGUGGUGAUGGAGAGAGCGAGGCUGAAGACAUGGAGAUUGAGGAAGAGGAGGCGGAGGAGGAAGAGGAGAUUGAGGAGGAAGAUGGGGCGGAGGCGGAAGAUGGGGCGGAGGCGGAAGAUGGGGCGAAGGCGGAAGUGGGGGCGGAGGACGAAGAUGGGCCGGAGGAGGAGGAGGGACCAAAGGUGGCGGCUGCAGGUACUGUGGCUGAGUGUGCCGAGGAGUUAGACGCGGUGGGGGAUGGUGCUCCGCACGUGGGAUCAGCCAAGUCAGAGGACCUUGACGGGACGCCAGCUCCACAAGGCUCAGAGGCAGGUAGACAUGCGGGGGCAGUAGAGGCGUCGGACGCAUCAGAAGGACCAGAGGCAGCAGAACGGAUGGAGGCAGUCGAGGCAAUGGAGAGCAGUCCGGGCUUGGUGGGCGAUCCAGUUAGCGUGACCGCUGCUAAGGACGCGCUGCAUUGUGAAGGCGAAUUGGUGGUUGAGGAGGAGGAGGAGGAGGAGGAGGAGGAGGAGGAGGAGGAGGAGGAGGAGGAGGAGGAGGAGGAGGAGGAGGAGGAGAAAGAGGAGGAAGAGGAGGGGAAGAUGCAAGAAGAGGAACAAACAGAGAAGGAAGAGGAGGCAAGGAAGGAUGCAGGGGUGGAAGAGGAGAGGGAAGUGAGGGAGGAACGGGAAGAAAGCGAUGAGAAGGGAAUGCAAGUGAGUGAUAACGUGAUGAAGGACAGUACGGAAAGAGCAGCGGGGCAGCACAGGGACGUCACUGGGGGAGAAGAAGCGUUGCCUUCUAGGGCGCAGGGUGCGAAACCGGACGAGGUGGGAUCAACCCCGAGCUUCAAGAGAGAUGAAACAAGCAUCCAUGGUUCUGGCAUUGAUACAGAGGAGCAAACCUUCCACGGCUUUCCAAUAGCCAGGGAGGAGGCAACCGUGCACGGUCUCCGGGUGCUCCGCAGCAGCAGUAGGGUAGCGGCCAGUGCAAGGAAGGCCCCUGCUGCUAGUGCCAGCAAAGCAACACGCAGCCGGACAAGGGGCGGAGGCCGAGCUAAGAACGCGGGCAGUAUGGAGGUUGCUAGUGCUGCUCGGACUGGCAGGAGAAGGGGCCGAGGACAGAUUGCGACUGAUAUGGUGCGAGAGGCUGGGGCUCUUACCUUCGCUGCAGCAGGAGAUCUGAUAGAGGAGGCGGGUGGGAACAAAGCUGACGCUGCUGUGGAGGGUGUUGAGCCGGCUCAAAAGUCGCCGGAUGCUGCUGUGGGGGUUUCCGAAACGAUUCUUAAGUCGCGUGAUGCUGCUGUGGGAGAAGGACCAUGUGAGGAUGCUGAGGAGGUGGUGGGAAUGGGAGAGACGGUGAAGGAGGCUGAGCAGGAGGCGGAGCAGGAGGAGGAGCAGGAGGCGGAGCAGGAGGAGGAGCAGGAGGCGGAGCAGGAGGCGGAGCAGGAGGCGGAGCAGGAGGCGGAGCAGGAGGCGGAGCAGGAGGCGGAGCAGGAGGCGGAGCAGGAGGCGGAGCAGGAGGCGGAGCAGGAGGCGAAGAAGGAGGCGGAGCAGGAGGCGGAGCAGGAGGCGGAGCAGGAGGCGGAGCAGGAGGCGGAGCAGGAGGCGAAGAAGGACGAGAGGGAGGAGGCGAGUCAGGUAAGCUGUGAGGAGAAUGACGAGCCAGCGUUAAGGACGAAGGCUGAAGCUCAAAUGGAUAGCAAAGCUGCCGCUGACAGUGACGAUGUGAAUGGUGAAGAGCAGGCAGGAGAGGCGAAGGAAGGUGCUGCAGACAGGAGACACUGUGUGCUGGCUCGGCUUAGGGCGCAGGGUGCUGCUGCUGCUUUCGGGGGCACUGCCUUUGGCAGGGGCGUGGUUGAGGGAGCGAAGAGCAGGGCGGAGGGGGAUGAGAUUCUGCAGCAGCUGCGAAAUAACGGCAGGAUGAAGAGACUGAGAGGGGCAGGGGGUGUGGCGGGAGGAGGGGGAGGGUUUCUGGCGGAGUUGAGAAGCGCUCUGGCACGGCAUGGCGUGAGUGAGGAGCGGGAGGAUAGGGAAGAGGCGGUGGGGGGGAGGGAGGGAGAAGGGAUGGGAAUGGAGAGCAAAGUAGAGGAAGAGAGGGAAGCUGGGCAUGUAGUGAUGAUGAGCGAAGUGGGAGGGGCGGUUUCGAGUGAUAGGAGCCUCAGUUUGGGUAUAGGUGAGGCUGGGAAGGAAGAGGUUCAAGCACCCGAGGGGCAAAGUCUUGACGAGGAGAAAGAGAUGAUGGCAGAUCCGGAGCUUGAUGCUGAUGUGGAUGAGGAGGAAAUGGAGGAUGAGGAUGAGGAUGAGGGAGGCAAGGAAGACGAGCAGGGGGAAGAGGCUCUCGCACAGGCUUGUGGUGACGACGUGGGAGAUGGGGACGAGAGGGAAGAGGAGCAGGAGGAGGGGGGUGAGGAGGAAAUGGAGGAGGAAGAGGAGGAGGGCGAGGACGAGGAGGAAGCAGAGGAGGAAGAGGAGAUAGAGUGGAUGGAUGGUCAGUGCGUGGUAGGAGAAGCAGAUAGGUGUGCAGGUGAGGAGUUACAGCAGCAAGGGCGAGAAUGUGCUGUAAUGGGCGACACCGAGGAAGGGGAGACGGAAGAGGAGGAAGAGGAGGAAAAGGCGGAAGCGGAGGAACAUCAGGAAGUGGAGGAGGAAGAGGAGGAACAAGACAAGGAGCAAGGAGGUGAGGCUGUAGAUGAAGAAGGCAAGGGGCAGGAGCUAGGGGGGAUUGCAGAGAGGAAGAGUAGUGAGGAAGCAGACGAGGAGAAACAAUGUGAGUUGAGAGCUUGCAGUGAUGCUGCUGCUGAUGCUAGCACCCCUCAAACUGCAGCUGAGGCGAAGGAUGAUCAAGGCCCCACAGCCCCAGGGGGGUUCAAUCCAAGCACAAUCAGGUCCGCAGUGCUGAGGGCCCCAGUCAGCACUCCACAAGGUUCCACCUCAGGACUCGAAACCCCGGCCUUAGAACCAGCUGUUCGUUGCGCCUCGCUGGUUGGAAGCUCGGCUGCAUGGACAGCACAAGCAGGCUCGGCAGCACGGUCAACACAAGCAGGGUCAGCAUCAGCAGUCCCUUCUGCAGCAGCAUCCAGGAUUGUGGGGCAAGGGGGGAGGAUGGUAGGCGCCUCUCGGAUUCUGGGAGGGGGGCUGCUUUCUGGUGGGGUGACAAGAGCUAUUGGUGCUGGUAGUGCAGCUGGUAGUGCUGUGGGGGUCAGCGAUGGAAGGAGUGUGGUGGCUGGUGCAGGGAGCAAUGUAGCAGGAGGAGCAGGAGCAGUGGGAGGAGCAGCGGGGUCAACGGUAGCAGCGGCGGGAGCAGUGGUAGGAUCGCGUUUUGCAACGUCAACCACUUCGUUUGUGUCGCUGAUAAUGAAAGCCCAGCCGGCCCCACCCCCUCCUGCCUCGGGGAAGCAGAACGUUCAAGUGAAAGCACUAGCAGCAGCUGAGGCAGCAAGGCUGGAAGCAGAGCAGAAGGCGGAGGAGAGGAGGCAGAGACGGCUUGCCUUGGAGAAACGGCGGGAGGACCGAGGGAAGGCAAAAGCAGAAGGAAAAGAGAGCGUUUCAGAGGCAGCAACGGGUGUGGCACGGAGGAAGGGGCUGGAACGAGGGGUAGCAGUUGCAGACGUCCCCCCUGCAACGCCCAAAGGCUCUGGUGGAGUGCGUGUGGGGGUUACUGAUGCAGCAGAAGCACGUGGAACGGGUGUUAAGACGAGAUCUGGCAGGAAGGUGGAAGUGGGGAUGACUGAACGGGAGGGCGUUCAAGGGAAGAUGCAGAAAGCGAUGCAGUCUAGGAAGGAGAUGGAGGAGGAGAAGGCGAGGAGGUUGGAGGAGGCGCGGGAGAAGGAGGGGGAGGAGAGGAGGAGGAAGGACGAGGAGCGGGUGGUGAGGAAGAGGGAGAGGGAGGAGAUGGAGAGGGCGAAGGUGGAGGAGAAGAGGAAGCGAGUGGAGGAGGUGGCAAAGGCGAAAAAGGAGAUGGAGGAGAAGUCGAGGCAAGAUCUCCUGGAGAAGGAGAGAAUCAGGAAAGCCAAGGAAGAGGAAGAGAGGGCCAAGAAGGCAGCAGAGGAGGAUGCAAAGCGGCAGAAGCGGGCAGAGCGGGAGAAGGAGGCAGAGAGGCGGAGGAAGGAGGAGGAGCAGCAGAAAGCCGCGAAGCUGGCUGAGAAAGAAGCGGAGAGGAAGAGGCGGGAGGAGGCAGCAGAGGCAGAGAAAAAACGGAAAGAGGAACUGGCUGUGCAGCACAGGAGGGAGCACGAGGAGAUGGAGAUGCGGAGGAUGCAAGAGGCCAGGAAAGGGGGCACUAGCAGCAUGGAUGAUAGGCGGAACAGUGCCAGGCCCAGUGGGGUGAACAGUGGCAAUACGGCCGGCAAUUCUCGUCUCACUUCCGGGACUGCAGGGCUGCUUAGCACAGGGAUCAGUACCAUGGGUAACAGUGGCACCAGCAUGGUUAGUUCCAGCUGGGAAGAUGGAAAGGGCGGCGUACGUUGGAGCGACGUGAGAUCGGGCGGCACAGGAGCCAUGUCGGUCGGCGCUGGAUCAGGAGCGGGCGGCGGGUUUGCCAUGGGGCCUCCUCCCUCCAAGUUCACCAUGUGUGGAGGUAUUGGAGGAGCAGGAGCAGCAGGAACAGCAGGAGGGGAGGGGAUGAUGUUUCGGUCUCGACUCACAGAGACUCUCACAGGGAGGGUGGGUGAGGAUGGUAAAGGCCGUGAUGGGGGAGGGGCAAAGAGCCUCGCCGGUGGUAGUGGUGGUGCUGCCAAGACUGGGGUUGGUAACAGCAGCAGUGGUACUACCAGCAUUGGUAAGCCUUCAACUUCCACUUCUCUCGUCGCUCCUGUGCCUGCCAAUCCUGCCCCUUCGUCUGCUGGUGCUGCUGCUGCCUCUGGUGCUGCUGGUGCUACUGCCUCUGCUGCUGCUGCUGCCUCAUCUGCAGUUGGUUCUACCACCCCUGCAGCUGCAGCAGUUUCCUCCCUGCCUAGGCCCUCGGCAACCCCUCAGGCAUCUAAGAGCGUUGCUCGUCUGAGGGAGUGGACCACAGAGAAGGCUGGAGCUGCAGCCAAGGCAGGAACGCAGGGGAACGGAGGGAAGGCGGCAACUAGUGGCGCAUCUGCUGGGCUCGGGAGUAGGACAAGAGCAGGAGGAGCUGGAGCAGUGACAGCUGCAAAGGAAAAUGCUACUGCAAGUGCAGCUGGUCGAGCUGGUGGAGCGGGAUUGGAAUCCCGGAUUCCUGGGUCCGGCAGAGUCAACGAAGCAAGGGCGCAAUUCGAUUCGAAGCAGAGCCAACAGCACCAGAAGCAGCAGCAGGAGCGGGAACGUCAGGAGACGAGUUUCAGCAAACAGAGAAUCCUCAGAAGCGCUUCCAAAGCACGCCCUGCUGCUGCCGUUAGCGCUAGCAAUGGGAGUAAACUUAACCCCGGUACCAAGGUGGCUGCUGCUGGUUGCAGAGUGGCUACUUCAACUCAACCGGGCAUAACACGCGGCUCGGUUAAGCAAGCAGCUAAGGAGAUUGCGACCAAGCUCUUGUCACCUCCUCCUUCCUCCUCCACCAGAUUCCGCACAGCAGGGACAUCUCACACUGCCGAAAUAAGCACCCCAGCUUCCUGUACUGUCACUGCAGCACCUCCCGUUACAGUCACCCCUCCACACAGCCACAGCUCGCCUCCCAGUGCAUCUGCCCCCGUAUUACCAGCCCCAGGCGGCCAAUCAGGGAUGCGGUUACCGAGUAACCUCGACCAUGUUAUGUUAUCUCCUUCAGUCACUCCCAGGAGGACCAAGAGGAAGCUUGCGCCUGGAGCUGGGACCACUGCAGCAGCAGCGGCAGCAGAGGGCAUACGGUCGUGCAAUGUGAAUGCGCAGGUGCAGAAGCAGCAUGGGGUGGACCCAGAUACCGUCUUCCCCAGCUGCACCCGGACUGUCAGCUUGAGAGAAGGUCAGUUGAGAGGUGCUGGGGACUGGAUUAAUGGGUGCGGGUGCUUGGGUGAAAAGUAG